AAACAAUUGUCGUCCCGUUCCUCGCAUAACUCGCAGUAGCAACAAUGCUGUUCAACCAACUAUAUUUCUCAUCGCCAGACUCGAACGUCAAAUGCAACCGAAUCCGAUAUUCACCCGGCGGAUGCUUAUCCUUCUCUCCCAGUCCAUCUGGGAUCGCUUUCUUUCCCGUUCUCGUGCCCAUAGUCUUCAAGAACAUCUAGACUCCAUCGUGAGUAAGAAAGAUGUAUCUUGUGUCCAGUUGAUCCGUUUGCUGAACACCAUCGUGGUCGUGAAUCGUUGCUCAAUCUCCGCCACCUCGGAGUAUGCUUCCACAAAGCUUAGGCCUUCGAAACGACCAUCUUUAAGAUUACUGUGCUUCGAUCUCCAUGUCCCCUACCUCCGAUGUGGCGGAAGCUUUCCGUGUCGCAUUCGAGGUGGAAGGGGAACUACAGGGACGGGACAGGGAGGAGAAGUUUGGUUUGGCCCUGUGAGGUUAGAUUCAGUUCGUCAAGCCUCGCCAUCCACCGAAUGGAGGUGUGUUAGGUACGAGGAAAACGUACACGUUGUACUAGUGAGAGAUGGUGUUGGAUGUGACUGUUCCACUGUGCCCGGCUUCAAGGAUUCUGCAUUUAUCGACAUGGUGCAAGUACUUUUCAACCUCGGAAAUUGCUUAGACUGCUCUGGGCGUCUCCCGGUACUUCUUAUAUCUCCUUCGAAAUAAUCCAUCCUUCAAAGCUUCCAGGCUAGCCUCGACCGCCAUGACGUCGCCAAGCAGAGCGCGAAGAUAUGCCAUUUCAGGUCAACGACCCAGACCGCAAAGCUGUUGAGGUCGACUUUUGGGCAGAUUUAAUAUGCUAUACGGGACCAGCCACGAUAUGGAGGUUUUCGAAGCCCCUCGCAUGGUAUCUUCUUGGAUGAUCCGCAGACGCUGCAAAGGACAGGGCCCAUCCGACUU